AUGGCUCCCAAGCCGACUUUGUCAGCAUAUCGUGGAGGUGCCGCAUCUUCCCAACCAGAUCCACAGACCCGAUCUCAGUCGCCAGAAUACGCUCACGGCGAGUGUUGGACCGUCGCUCCCUCGGACCUGGUGCUCUAUGGAAACGGCAAAGGCUAUGGCGUCUUCGCUGCCCGGAAGAUCGAAGCUGGAGAGACCAUCAUCGAAGACGAGGCACUGAUAGUCUCCGAACGCAUGCCUGGUCUGGCCUCAUACACAGAGUAUAUCAUAGAUGGGUUCCGGAACCUGUCUCCGGAGGAGCAAAAGGAGUAUCUCUCCAAAUUCACGCACUCGAAGUCUGAAGCAGACCUACUCAGACUGGCGAGGGAGUAUGGGCAGGACAUCGGGAAUGUGCCGGAGUCCCGCGAGGAGGCGCUUGAGAUCGGCCAGGUCGUCGCCAUCUUCCGCAACAACGCCUUCACUAUCGCUCAAGGUGCCACUGCGUUCUGCAAAGACGCAGCCCGGCUCAACCAUUCCUGCGUCCCAAACGCCAUGCACGUCGACGACCAAGUGAACGACUGUUACGUCGUCCGAGCUACCCGGGAGAUCAACGAGGGAGAAGAGCUGCUCCUGUCAUAUGUGCCGGAGAUGCAGCCGAAGGCGGACAGGCAGUCGCAGCUGGAGAAGUAUGGCUUCACCUGCACUUGCGUUGCAUGCGAGGAUCCUGUAUACGGUGCAGAGACCGAGCCUCGUAGGCGGGAGCUAAAAGACCUGGCUGGACAAGUUGCGAGUGCCGAGUGCGUCGAGCAAUAUCCGAAUACUGCUGAAUAUGGGUGUGCCAAUUUGCUGAAACCAGAAGGAAUACCGGCAGCCUUGGUCCGAAUGCUGGAGAUCCUGGAGCAAGAACCGGCCAUGCUAGUUGAUAAAGCGGAGACUGCUCGGAAUCUUGCCCAACGAUAA